AUGGCGGCGGCCUGCUCUUCGCUGGGCGGCUGGGUCCGGCGCGCCUUUUCGUCCUCUGCGGCGCAUGCGUCUUUCAAUUCGAAGCCCGACGGCGUGCUCACACUCGCGUCUGCGGCCUCGUCGCCUUCGCCCUCGUCCUCCACGUCUGCGUCUCCAGUUUCGCGCGACGCCGCCGAGCAGCACGCGCGGACAAACACGACAAGAAACGCAGAGGACCUCGUGGAGGGGGGGGACGGGGCGGAGGAGGCGGGGGGCGUGGAGCCUACGGCCGCGCAGCAGGGCCAGGGCUGGGCUCCAAACAGAGGCGUCAAGGAGCGGCACUUUCAGAAGAAGGGCUGCGAGAAGCGCGCCAACGGGCGACCGGUGCCUGAGAGCGACGAGCCGCUGGAAACGCCCACGCCAGAUGGGGUCGUCAUCCCACAUGUACAUCAGCAUUCUGCCUCGUGUGCUUCGCCCUGCGCGCCGCCGGACACCUCCUUCAGGAGAGACCUCGACGAGCGAGGGCGCUGGCGCGACGAGGAACUCACGCGCGGCUGGCUCGACGUGCGGCGUCUGAAGCGCCAAGUCGAGGCGGAGGUGCCUGCGCUCGGCGCCCAGAAAGAGGAGGCUGGCGGACGUCACACCCAGCCGUCUGAAAGCGCCGUGGCGGGGAACGCUCGCGGGCGGUUCGAGCCUAGAGACCGCGAACCGCCGGAGCCUCCGAACUCGCACACGGAGGCGACGCUUGCUGCCGCAAGCAACGGAGGAGAAAAGCCCGACGAAUGGAACAUGCGAGUGAUGACCUUCAACAUCUUGGCAGACUCGCUCACAGACUACAAAUACCGAUUCCUCGAUCAGAGCAUCGUCAAGUGGGCGAGCCGCGCGAAUGUCAUUGAGACCGAAAUCUUCCGCCACCGACCCGCGAUCUGCUGUCUGCAGGAGCUCGACGCUACGCACUACCACAAACGCUUCAGACCGUUCUUCGCGUCGCUGGGCUACGAUGGUGUCUACAAGCAGAAAACGAACGGCCGCCAGGAUGGCGUGGGGACCUUCUGGCUGCGAAGUCGCUACGAGUUGGUUGAGCAGCACGACGUCGAAUUCAGCCAGCAAAGCAAGGGCUUGGUGAACAAGCCGCAAGUUGGCCUUGUCCUUCUGCUUCGCGAACGUGUUGGGCUGGCGGAGACCUCUGCUGGAGCAGACGGAAGAGAGAGGAUACCUCGCACGAAGUCGUCUGAAGCAGCUUCGUGUUCGUCUCCCGAGGCGGUGUCACCGCCACCGAGUGAGGCCUCACGCUCUCCGGUGUCGCCGUUCCCCUCUCGCUUGCGGUUUGAGGCAGCUGGCGAAGAAACGCCGAGCUCAGUGGCUCACGUCGCGUGGGGGGCGGGGCUGCUGCACGCGGCCUCAGUUUCGAAGCGCCGUCGCGGCGGCGAAGAGCGCGGCGCGCAGCGGUCGGUCGACGGACGGGACGCAGACGCCGGUCGGAGGCACGACGCGACGAGUCUAGACCAGACUCGGGUCGACCCGCGUGAUGAGGAGGCUGCAGCGGCGCAGCACGGCCGCAUGAUCAUCGUCGGAAACACCCAUCUCUUGUUUGACAGCCGCCGAGGAGACAUCAAGCUCGCCCAGCUGCUCCUUCUGCUGCAGGCGGUGUACGCGCUUCGGCAACGCGCGCUCGCGAUGAUCGCAGCGAAUCUCCGCCAGCAGAUAAUGCGAGGCCGCGAGACGCAUUCGCCUGCAUCCCUCGACAGCGAAAAUGAAAGGAAACGUCGCUUCGAAAGCUACAAACGCACUGACGCGCCGUCGCCUGCGCGAGACAGAGAAGGCGCUCGCUCGACUGCGUCUCCUCUCUCGCGCUCGACGUCGCCGCCGAGCCUGGCGGGGGCAGAAAGUGGAGAGGUCGCGGAGGGCGGUGGAGCCGAAAAGGCGGCAGAAAGACUACUGGACAUGCUGCUCUGCGGCGACUUCAACUUCACGCCCCAGUCGCCCCUGUAUCAGCUCGUCCUUCAGGGCUCCUUUGACUUCUCCGGUCUGGAUCACCGAAAACUUUCAGGCCAAUUCUUGAUGGAGCGACACACCUAUCGAAUGGAUGCGCAAGGGUACCAAGGCCGCGGGGCGACCAUCGUCAGCACCCCGUCGGAGUCUCAGCGUAUCACUUGUCUGGAUGCUCAGCAGUUCGUCCGAGCCCACAUGCGCGCGGCGGCGCCGCUGCCGCACUCGCACAGCGAGCCCUCCCGCAUGGCUGAGACGGCGGCGUGUCUGUGUCACGGGGCGAAGCCGCAUCUUGCUGCUUCGUUGGCCGCUGACGCCGCGGCGUUGCCGCCCUCGUCCUCGCGGGGCUCUUUGAAGCUCGCACGCCAGACUAGCGCCCCGCUGCCGCAGUGGCUGCAGGAGCUCCACCGCGUUCUAGGAAAUGCGUCGCUCCGCGGUGGCCUUUCACCCAGCGACCUGAGUAGAUCCACCUCCUUGCCCUCCGCGACUGGAAACCCAAGAGACACCAGCCUGCGGGACUUGAGGACGCAGCCUUCCUGCGCGGCCUCUGUCAUCACGCUUCCGCUGAAAUUCAACAGCGCCUACGCGCUGCCGAAAUUGCAACGCCCUCCAAAGGGAGGCGCAACGCAGGCCUCGCACGUGGUCAUGGAAGAACCUGCUUUUACGGCGUACCACGGCUGGCAGAAGGGGUGCAUUGACUACAUCUUUUAUCACUCGGAAGCUCUCGAGGUCGCGCGCAUAUAUCAGCUGCCAGUGCUGGCGCAGGCCAAGUCCCACGGCUGCUGUCCGAACAAGGUGCGUCCCGAUAGUGUGGUAGUUGAUGACUAG